AUGGACAGUCAGGGUAGUGGAAACACAUCAAGCGACUUUGUUCGCAAGUUGUACAAGAUGUUGGAGAGUCCGCAGGACGAGAGUGUAGUACGAUGGGGCAAUGAAGGCGACAGCUUUGUUGUUCUCGAGAACGAGAAGUUCACAAAGCACAUCCUACCCAAGCACUUCAAGCACAGCAACUUUGCCAGUUUCGUCCGCCAACUCAACAAAUAUGACUUCCACAAAGUCCGGCAUAACAAUGAAGAGGGCGGCGUGUCUCCCUACGGCGCAGGUGCGUGGGAAUUCAAGCACCCUGACUUCAAGGCCAACAACAAGGAUGCCUUGGACAACAUUCGGAGAAAAGCACCCGCACCGCGCAAGCCCAAUGCCAUGAUGGACGAUAUGAUGCCUACUCAGCAGAUGGACCUCUUCAACACACAACUGGUCGCAACUCAGCAGCAGCUGCAACAGUUGCAGGAGCGUUACAACGAGCUCAGCAUGCAUCACUCGAUGCUCCUGCAAGAACUCAUCGGCGUGCAGAAGACAGUUGUCAAUCACGAGCACGUCAUGCAAUACGUUAUGAAUUUCCUGCAGUCGGUUGAUGGCCAACGACGAAGAGAAAGUCGUGUGGCCAAUCCUUUUGCACCACCACUUGCCGAUGCUGCCAACGGCAAGCAAGCACCUCCGGCACCAAUCCCCGAGGAUGAACCUGCAUCGCCGCUGCAACAUGCCGCAAAACUGCUCUCAGAGACCAACGCCGACCAUAUCUUGAACACGCGCAACCUCGAACACAUGAACGAGAUGUCUCUGAGGAUGAACUCGGCCCUUACCACACCUCCUCCGGAUAUGUCUCUUCGUACCAACGCCAGGGCCGCGAGAGGUGGUACCCACGGUCCACACUCUGCCGCAUCGUCCACCUCCAUGUCAUACGGAGAACUCGACAAUCUUGUUUACCCCGUUGGUCAGACAAAUGGUAUCGAUCCCAUGUUCAGCGAGCACAUCCACAACAUUCCUUAUGCAAUGCCGACCAAGGCUCCCGAGCCUGCACCCGCACCUCCUGUAGCCGAUGGAAGAAAGAAGAGCAUGCAAUACGACCCUGGCUGGAUCAGACAACCUCAGGUACUGCUUGUCGAGGAUGACAAGACUUGCAGAAGGAUAGGCGGCAAGUUCUUGUACGCUUUCCACUGUGCAGUUGACAGCGCUCUUGACGGUCUGGAAGCAGUCAACAAGAUGAAUGCCGGUGCAAAGUACGAUCUUGUGCUGAUGGAUAUCAUCAUGCCCAACCUUGAUGGUGUUUCCGCUUGCCACUUGAUCAGACAGUUCGACAACACACCAAUUAUUGCCAUGACCUCGAACAUUCGCAGUGAUGAUAUUGCAAUGUACUUCCAGCACGGCAUGAACGAUGUGCUUCCCAAGCCUUUCACGAAAGAAGGCUUGUUAAGCAUGCUGGAGAAACAUCUCGGUCACCUCAAGAAGUCACCCUCACAGAUCGACGGAGUCCCAACGGGACCGCCACCACCUCUUGUUCAAGUCGCCGGAAAAAAUGUAUUGAAAGCCGAAGAGUCACCUGCCACAUCACCAGCUACUAUCAGCAACUGGACGUCGCCCGGAACCGGCCUAGGUAUGUCGCCAGCGGCAAGCGACGCCGCUGGAAACGAAUAUGGUAUGGGAGUUGCUGGUCACCCACCAGCGCCCUACCAUAUGCAGACAGGCAUGCCUCCACCGGGCAUGCCCUCGCAACUUAGUUAUGGUGGUUCGCCUCGUGGUAUGGCACCUGGUCUCGGGCCACAGCCCAGUGGUCCUCACAGACGCCAAAUAUCCGACAUCUCGGGCGGGCCCGGUGACGUUGGAAACGAUGUCAAGAGACAACAAAUGUUUGGUCCCGGACCUCAACAUAUGCCGCCGCAUAUGGGACCUGGUGUGCCGAUGGGACAACCGCUACAGAAUCCGCUCAACCCAAUGCAUAGAAGACCGGGUUGA